GACAGCCCUGUAACAAAUACCAAAGAGAAAAUAACAUAUAAGGAACUUCUUGAACAGUACAGGUCUCCAAGUUAGCUGAUGUCAUGGUGAAACAUGGGGUGAAGAAAGGAGACCGUGUGGUCAUCUACAUGCCCAUGAUUCCACAGACAGUGUACUGUAUGCUGGCUUGUGCAAGAAUCGGAGCCAUCCAUAGCCUUAUUUUUGGUGGAUUUGCAUCUAAAGAGCUUUCUGUUCGCAUUGAUCAUGCAAAGCCUAAACUUAUUGUAACAGCAAGUUUUGGAGUAGAACCAAAAAGGAAGGUGGAAUAUAUAUCCCUUAUGGAAGGAGCACUGGCAAGAGUACAGAACAAACCUGAGAAAGUUCUCAUCUACAGGAGGCCUAACCUGGGCCAUGUUCCUCUUGUCCCAGGUCGUGAUCUCGACUGGGAGGAAGAGCUUGCAAAAGCACAACCUUAUGAAUGUGUCUCUGUUCCUUCAGACCAUCCACUUUAUAUUCUGUAUACAUCCGGAACAACAGGAUUGCCCAAGGGUGUUGUCAGACCAACAGGCGGCUAUGCAGUUAUGCUGCACUGGACAAUGUCAGCUGUAUAUGGACUCAAACCUGGUGAGGUGUGGUGGGCAGCAUCUGAUUUAGGCUGGGUCGUUGGUCAUUCCUACAUUUGCUAUGGGCCUCUUCUUCAUGGGAACACUACAGUUUUGUAUGAGGGGAAGCCUGUGGGAACGCCAGAUGCUGGUGCCUAUUUCCGAGUGCUAGCGGAGCAUGGAGUAGCUGCCGCCUUUACUUCUCCGACCGCAAUUAGAGCAAUCCGUCAGCAGGACCCGGAGGCAGCUUUGGGAAAGCAGUACUCUCUGACAAGGUUCAGAACAUUAUUUGUAGCUGGUGAGCACUGUGACGUGGACACACUAGAAUGGUCAAAAAAAAUCUUCAAGGUCCCUGUCUUAGACCACUGGUGGCAGACUGAGACUGGCUCUGCAAUUACUGCUUCCUGCAUUGGCUUGGGGAAUUCUACAUCGCCUCCCCCCGGGCAGGCAGGAAAGCCAGUCCCAGGAUACAACGUGAUGAUUCUGAAUGAAAAUAAGGAACCAGUGAAGGCGAAAACUUUAGGAAAUAUUGUGGUAAAGUUGCCUCUGCCUCCUGGAGCAUUUUCAGGUCUUUGGGAAAAUCCAGAAACAUUCCAGAAGUUAUAUUUCCAAAAAUUUCCAGGAUACUAUGAUACUAUGGAUGCAGGUUAUAUGGAUGAAGAUGGCUAUUUAUAUGUCCUGUCUCGAGCUGACGAUGUGAUCAAUGUUGCAGGACACAGAAUUUCAGCAGGUGCAAUUGAAGAGUGUGUUCUCUUCCAUCAUGCUGUGGCUGACUGUGCUGUUGUAGGCAAGGAGGAUGCCUUGAAAGGGCACGUCCCGUUUGCACUGUGUGUGCUGAGGGAAGGUGUAAAGACAGAAGAGAAGAAGAUUUUGGAAGAAAUUGUUGAGCAAGUUCGAAAAAACAUUGGUCCAGUGGCAGCUUUCCAGAAGGGAGUGUUUGUGAAGCACUUGCCCAAAACGCGUUCGGGCAAGAUCCCGCGUUCAGCGCUUUCUGCUCUGGUCAGCGGAAAGCCCUACAGCAUAACACCAACCAUUGAAGAUGCUAGUGUGUUUAAGCACAUUGAAGAAGUGUUGAAGACAAAUCGAAUGUGAGAAGAGGUUAAUAACAAACUUGCUGGUACUGGGAUAUACAAAGGGAUUUCUGUUAAGAAAAAACACGUACUUGGAAAAUUAGCAAUGAUUUUGGACUGACUUUUUUACUACAGAAAAGGCAUUGUGUAUAACAUUGUCAUAGCUAACAAAACAUACUGAAGCAUCUACAUAUUAUCAUUUUAUGCUGAAUAUUAAGAUUGCUAAGAAUUGACAAGAGAAUUCAUGCAUUUUUAUAGCCUUAAAUUAGAAGGAUUCGUUACAUCAUUACAAUAUGAUCUCUUGUGACCUUACAUUUUAAUCCAUUAUCAUAUAAUGAGAACAAUAACAUGAAUUUGGCUAAAACAGCUUACAAAAGAUAAGUCAAAGUCUGAGGACA